AUGGGUGGGCUACAAAACAAGCAGCAUGGCCACUCCAGGCCUUUAAUUUUCGUUUUUCUCAACGUUGGCGGUAAAGAAUUUAUGUCUACGAGCAAAAACCUCGAAAAAUCCAAAUACCUUAAAGAUCUCAUCAAGAGCAAUAGCGAGAGCUUGGAAGGCAAAAUAGCUCUUUCCAUCAACCGUGAUAGCAACCUAUUCCGGCAAGUGUUAUUCUACUUGAGAACGGGGCUCAUUAUACCUAAUGACGAAGAAGGCGUCAAGCAGCUACUCUCUGAAGCAAAAUUUUAUCAAUGUCAGGAAAUGGUGAAUGCCUUGCAGAUUCAAUUGGAUAAAAUCAGGUUAUCUCAACAAGCUUCAACUAAAAUGGGUCUCGAAUUUAUCGAUUUGAAGAAAAUGUUUGAUCAAGACAAGAGCACAUACACAUUGAUUAAAAAGACAGGCGAUGCAGUGGAAGCAUAUUCUGUAGUCGACUACAUCAAUGUCUUUUCUCGAGAUGAAUACAAGGAUAAGCGAUGUGAGCAUCGAAAAAACGACUGUAGAUGCUAUUAUUACCCCAAGCUGGUUCUUGUGCCUCAGCAAAAGCACUCCUAG